AGAGAGCUCCGCCCCGCCGUGACGCGCUUCGCCCGCGCCGCUGCGUUGCAAGCCGGGAGGUUGGCGGCGGGACCAUGGCGAGCGAUUUCUACCUCCGCUACUACGUGGGGCACAAGGGCAAGUUCGGCCACGAGUUCCUCGAGUUCGAGUUCCGGCCCGACGGGAAGCUGCGUUACGCCAACAACAGCAACUACAAGAACGACGUCAUGAUCCGAAAGGAGGCGUACGUGCACAAGAGCGUGAUGGAGGAGCUGAAGAGAAUAAUCGACGACAGCGAAAUCACAAAAGAAGACGAUGCGCUGUGGCCUCCUCCCGACAGAGUCGGUCGGCAGGAGCUUGAAAUAGUAAUCGGUGACGAGCACAUCUCCUUUACGACGUCAAAAAUCGGUUCACUCAUUGAUGUAAACCAAUCCAAGGAUCCAGAAGGCUUGAGAGUGUUCUACUACCUGGUCCAGGACCUUAAGUGUCUAGUCUUCAGUCUUAUUGGACUACACUUCAAGAUUAAGCCAAUUUAAAUCAAACUCAAGUUUGCAUUGUGAUGUCUGUGCGGGUUGGGGGGAGUAGGGGAUGCUGUUUGAAUUCCUCACUAUUUCUGGCCUAAAGCUUUUAUGUAUGUUAGAAAUUUUUUUUACAAACUGUCAGUGACUGUCUUAAUAAAAUGGUGAUAUCUGUA